AUGGGCGCUUCAGGGACCGUGAUGGAGCAGAACCUUGUAGAUACCUUGGCUGUGUACCACGGCAAGCUCAUCGGCUCGAUCACAACCUACUAUCACAACUUCAGGGGCACUGUGUACGCCGCAACCGCUAAGAGCAUCGUCAUCACGGAUCUCAACUACGAUGGCGGGGGUCCUGCGGCGCAUUUUUGGGCGGGUUCCAACGUUGGACUGGACAAUCAUGGCGACCAGCUGCUUGACGAAGAAAUGAGCACCAAGGUAUUGAAGCCCUACAAGAAUGCCACGGUUUUCCUGAGGUUGCCAAGGAAGGUUACCGAAUACAAGUCUUUGGGCAUCUACUGCGAACUGUUCGGGGCUGACUUCGGCAACGUCCAGAUUCCGGUAGACUACGAGCUGCCCAAGGAGCAGAGCCUCGGCACGCUGACCGCCAAGCAGCACAACACAAUGGCUGCCGAAGUCAUCCUCAAGGACAGCGCCACCAUUCUGCUCAAGGGGUUUGAGUACAGCGCCGCCUGUCCAGGAUGUAAGCUGGCCUAACUUUAGUGUACAUAGUUUUGGCAAUAGA